AUGCAGCGAUGGCUGGCAACGAAGCCCAAGGGGUUUAUCGAUCCGUCGAAGCAGUACGAUACGUCGUUAGAGGAUCAGCUCUUAGCGGAGAUAGAAGAAAAGGAGCAGCAGGAAACCCCAGCGGGUGGAGGGGACAAGCUGGGAGGAAGCGCGGGGGGGAAGGCGGGUGAGAGAAAGGGGGCACAAGGAGAGAAGAGGGGAAGGAGCAGUCAAGAAGGUUUUAUUGACGUGCCUGCAAAAGGAAAAAAGGCCAACGCAGACUCAGACCUUCCACCUUCAGCCAUAAAAGUUCGUGUCUCCGGGCUGCCCAAGAAGAAAAAGAUCACCAGGGACCUGCGGGCAGCGUGGAAUGGGCAGCCCGGGCUGCUGAAAAUAAUUCCCAUGGAGACCGGUUCCUCUAGCACUCGCGACCCUGUAUGCACUGGGAGCGCCGUGGUGGGAUUCACGAAUAUGGCCGCGGCUCAGAGAUCCUCCUCUAUCACGCACGACCGAGUGUGCACUGGGAGUGCCGCGGUGGGCUUUACAGAUCCUGCAGCGGCUCAGAGGUUCAUCCAGCAGUACAAUCGCUCAGCCCCCAUCCGCUUCGGUCAGAAGGAGAAGGCCGCUUCUUGCAAGCUCAUUGUUGGAGCAUCUGCUGCUGACUGUCUCUCUCCUCAUCCCCUCAUCCCCUUCCCCCCCCCCCUCCACCCCUACUCCCCGUUUCUCCCGCCCCUCCCCCCCCUCUCCCUCCCCCCCCAUUCAGGGACGGAGGAGGAGGAGGAGGAAGAGGACGAGGAUCAGGAGGCAACGAGAGCAGGGAAUAAGGGCGGUAAGAAGACAAGGGAGAAUGAAGUGGAGUGGAAUGCGGUUGCUGCAGGAAAAGGAGGUUUGCAGGAGAAGAAAGAGGCAUGGCUGCAGAGGUUAAAGGAGGAUAAGGAGCUAAGGGCGCGGGUGGAGGAGAUUAAGAGGAAGGUUCUAAGAGAUAUGGCGGCAGGCGGGAGGGAAGGGGAGGUGGGGGGGAUUGGAGGGGGUGCUGGUGGGAGUGGGAGGCUGAGGGUGAAAGAAAAGAGUGUGACUGUGUCGAGAUUGGGGGUGAAGGAGAGGGGAGGGGGACAGGGGAGGGUUAUGGAGGGGGAAGGGGUGAAGGGGAAAUGGAGGGGAGAGGAGGGAGGAGGGAGGAUGAAAGAGGAGGAGCAGGAGUGGGAGGAAGAGGAGGAAGAGGAGGGAGAAUGGGAGGAAGAGGAGGGGGAGGAAUGGGAAGAAGAGGAGGGAGGGGAAGAGGAGGAAGAGGAGGAAGGGGGAGUGAUAAUGGGCGAAGUGGAGGUGAUGGUAGAGAGUGUGACAGUUGAGAGUGCUGCUGCUGGAAGUGAUUAUAUUGGAGGUGAUUCUGUUGAAGGAGGAUCAGCUACCAGUCCCGCUACACUUGCUGUUUCAGCAGCAGCAGGAGCAACAGCAGCAGCAGCAGCAAUACCAGCAACAGAGAAGGCAAGUGCUGUUUCUCCAUCCGUUUCUCAUCCUUCCCAGCAACCCAAAGGGGUAAAGCCACAAGGAGAGGAGGGAGGGCGAAGGAAGGGAGAGGGCAGAGGAGAGGAGGAGGAGGAGCAGCAGCAGAGGGCGGCUGAGGCUCGCAUCGAGGCUCUUGAAGCGAAGCUGCUUAAAAUGAUCCCCCCAAUCUUCCCCCACAAACCCCCCCCUGAUCCUCCCCCCCCCCCCCCAUCUCCCCCCACUCUCACGGCGCUGCGGACAUUCUCAUGGCGCCGCCAGCUCGCUGUGGACAUUCUCAUGGCGCCGCCAGCCGAGUACAGCCCAAGAACCCCUCCCCCUGCCUCCACCCCCCCUCCCCAGACUCCCCUCCCCUUCCCCGAUCUACCCCCCAAUCCACCCCGAUCUUCCCCCACUCUCACGGCUCAACACAACAACGGGAAUGAUACGUCUGCAUGUUGGUGGGAGGUUUUCCUCCUUUCCUCCCCACCUCACCCCCACACGUGGGACUUCCACCUCUGGCAGGCAACCGUUGCAGUGUGGGACUUUCACAUCUGGCAGGCAAUCGUUGCAUUGGUGCAUGUGGGCCUUUCACAUCUGGCAGGCGAUUGUUGCAUGUAUGCCCCUUCUAGGUGCACCCCCCCCCCCCCACUGGUGUUCCUCCUUCCCCCCAAUGCAUCACUCUCCCUCCCCCUCUCCUAUUCCCCUUCCCACAGGUGGGACUUUCACAUCUGGCAGGCGAUUGUUGCAUGCAUGCCGCCUCUAGCGCUGUAUCUGACCGUGCAGUAUGCCAAAGCAGAGAUUGCGAGGAUGGAAAAGGAGCUGCAGGCAGAAGAGGCAUCCGCAGUCAAGGGGUCUGAGGGUGGGAGUGACAGUGGGAGUGACAGUGGGAGUGAGGGGAAGAACCAGGAAGGUGCGAGAACAGCUACAUCUGACGUGUCACCAGCUCGCGAACAUGUCACCGCGGGGCCGAGUGGCGUGACAUCUGCUGAUGUGGCAUCUGUUGACGUGGCAUCGCUGCAGCGCCAGCUGGCGGCGCUGGCCAAUCAGGUGCAGCAGCUGCAGGGAUUGGUAGGUGCUGGUGGGGGAGGGGGAGGAGAGGGUAGUGAUAGAAGAAAGGGAGGGAAUGAUGGGGGAGGGAGUAAGAGAGUUGACGGAGAGGGAGCGGUAGGAGGAGAGGGAGAAGGGGGAGAAAGGGGAGAAAAGGGAGGAGGGAGAGGGGGGGAAGGAGGAAAGGCAGCGGGAGUGGGAGGAGGAGAGCCAACACAGGCAUCUCAAGGACAAGGGGGAGUGGGAGAGAGAGGAGUGCUGAAUCCUGCUCCUGCAGAUUUGAGACAAAUCAAAGGCCCUGGCGUAGUAACAACAGUGAAUAGUUAA